UUUGGUUGAAGAAUAAGAAAUAAAAUGUAUCAGCUGUUAUCGAUUGGUCGUAAAGUAUGUCUCAGUUCUUGUUAAAUGAAUGUAUUUCUUUAUUUUCGUUCCGAUAAUGGGACCCAUAAAGUUGUUAACAAGACCUAAUAGUAUGUGCUAAUAAAUGUAUUUUAUAUUUAGAAUUGUAAUCAAAGUUUUUAUGUGGUUAACGUACAAUUGCCGUCAGAAAUUCUUUAUAGAGACCUCUCAAAAAUCUCAGGUGUACUAGUGAUAAUUACUAAGAUAUACGCACAUGACUUCGAAAAUACAGGUGCCCGCCGAGAUUCGAAUCUACGAUCGUUGGCUUGGCAGUUUAACGGUUGAACGACUAAGCUAUCAUUGCUAUUAUGAACUGAUCAUAGUGCGACGAAUUUACGCUUAAUUUAAUUAUAGGUAAGUUUCAGAUAGUCGAUUGCUAGAAAUACAAUCAGCUUAAGGUCACUGUUAGAUAUCAUGUUGUCUUUGUCACUUCAAAGGAAACAGUAGCGACGGACGGGUUGUUUUGUAAUUAUGGUGACUCAUUUGGUUCCUUCCCGAAAACAUGACUCACACAGUGCAAGUUGUACCAAACCAUAAAUAAAGGAAAAAGUGUAAUUUCUUUGGAAAUAUCUGCAGUGAUUUCUUUGUUCUAAAAUUCUCUACACCGGUAAUCCUCAAACUGAGUAACAGUUGAAACACAAUUAAGUCAUACCAAAAUCUUUCUUAUUCCUUGGUAUAUCUAUUUUAACUUCAAUGUAUUAGAGUUAUAACCUAAAAUCGUUCAAAUACUUUUUAUGAGUCUUUAUUCAUUUUAUACAAAAGUAUAGUAUAAAGCGGAAUAUAAUGAAACGAAAACAGUAACGAAAUUAUCUGCCAAAAAUAAAUAGGUACGCGAUAACAGCAGGGUACAAGAUAUAACUUAAGUGAUAACAGCCUUUAGAUAAGUAGCUGAUUACUUCUCUUAGCUCGAGAGAAAAGGUUUUAGAGCCGUACCAAUAACAAUAACAUUACAGAAAACGUUACGAAAAGCAGUAAAACCCAUCCCCUUUCCUGUAAUUAUUUGUAUACUACAUAAUUUCACACACCAGACUGCCAAAAUUAUAAACAAAAAGUUCGUUACAACAAAAAAAUCAAUUUAUGUUGUUGAAUAAAAAAAAUCAAUAAAUUUUCGUUGCACCCCUACGGAACACGCACACAUGCGAAGGUGCGCGUGCCUUGCACACAUGCACGCCGUGUGUGAACACGUAGGGACGACAGCUGCAGAACUUGAAUCCAACCGACUGCGAAUAUCAAAGUUUUAUUAUUAACUACAGUGGCGCCAUGGCGUCGCUUGUGUUAAAAUAAUGACUUAUUACUAUUAUCAUAUUAGUACCGCUUUUUAUUGAUUUUCAUUCAUUGUGUUAAAUUAAAAGUAAGAAAAUAAAACUAUUGGCCUCUUUUGACAAUUCGAGAAGAUUUGAAACGUGAAAAAGCGUUAUACAAUUUAAAAGUUUCAAGAAAAUAUAAAAAUCCUUUGUCUCAUACAACUUACUUAUCUGGGCAAUGUUAUAAACAAUGUUAAAAGCAAGUUAGGUUUUUAAAUGAUUAAUGUUCAUUCUAAAUACCAGGAUAAAAUACAACACAGUAAAAUCACACGUGUAUAAAAAUAUCCAUCGAUUGUACCGAAAAAUCAUAAAACGUAAAUUAAACGAUAAAUCUUUAAUUGCCACGUGAAAAAUGGUAAAGGUAUUCAUAUAAAUUGUUUACGCUAAAACAAGUUAUAUAUCUUUUUUAAAUAUAAUUUUAAUAUCGGCAGCAGCGUAAUAAAGCAGAGUACAAUGAACGGAGCCAGAUCGCCUUGAGAAGUUGAAAAACUCUUGCAAAACAAAAAAGAAUGAAAUUAUUCCUCUAGAUAUUAAAUUCUUUCGUAUUAUAGAAAAAUAAUGAAAUCGACUAUUCUACUCCUAUAUUUCUAUAUUCAUUCAUUCUUAUUCAUUGAUAGUUUGAUAACAAUAAUUUAUAUAUUAAUAAAAAUCAUACCUAUAUAAAAAUCGAUGAAUAAAAUGCAUUCAAAACUUUGAGGUACCUUUGUCGACCGAUAAUAUUUAGGGUUCUUUUUUGUUGUAAUGAUCUCGUCCGUAACGUAUGGGUGCCUUUGCCUGCUGCACAAUUUUUUUUUUUCGAAAUCUUGACCCCCACAUUCAGUUAUGAUUCGGCAGUCGACGCGAGCGGUUGUGUCUCCGCUAACGUUUGAAUUCUAGUCAUUGUGUCCAAAUUUAUUUAAGUUUAAACUAGUGUUUCUGAACGUAGCGUAAGCGUUCUUAGUUUUAAAUUUUAGCGGUUAACGGUUGUGUGUUUCUAAAUUUAAAAUAUUUUAUAUCGUUUUAUAAAAGAAGACUGACUUUAAUGAACGGAUUUGGUUUACUUUGGGAUGCCGGUUUCCUGAAGAUGGCCUCACGCACCCCGUCCCUUGAGUCGCUGCCCGGUGCCAACUCAAUAGGUUCGCUGGAGCGUGGCUCCUUAUCGCCCCUGACUCUCAGCGGAUCCUCGCCCCCAGCGAGUGACUCCGCCGUAUGUGACCUCCGUGAAUUCGACGGCCUCGACACCAUCUGCGCAAUUUGCCGAGAAACCUUCGUCGACCCUAAAGUACUCAACUGCUUUCACACCUUCUGCCGGGCUUGCCUGGAGAGGGAGCAAACACAUCCUGACAAAGUUACCUGCGUGACUUGCCGCGUAGACAGCCAGUUACCGACUGCUGGUGUUCCCGGGCUACUCACGAACUUAGUGAUAGCCGCUGCUGUUGAGCAAGACGCCGAUCUCCUGCCGUCUGCUCGCCAGACAAGCUCGCCCUCAGCCCGCUGCACCGGCUGCAAAUCCAAGGAAUCAGACGCAGUCGCACGUUGCGUUGAUUGUGCUAACUUCCUUUGCCCAAACUGCGUGAUGGCGCACCAAUUCAUGCAUUGCUUUGAAGGCCACCGUGUGCUGGCGUUCACAGAUUUGAAAGAUGAUAAGGGUAUGCUUGGAUCUGCCCUCACUCCGAGCGGAGACAAGACAGCUUUUUGCCCCAGGCACAAAAAUGAUAUACUUAAAUACUUCUGCCGCACUUGCUCCGUGCCGGUGUGCAAAGAAUGCACGAUAAUCGAGCACCCAGCUGCUCUCCACGAUUGUGAGCACCUGUCUGAUGCUGGCCCUAAACAACUGGAGUUGAUGCAAACUGCAGUAAAUGAAGCCAAGACUCGCGCUACUGAAAUAAGGCACGUCGUCAAAACUGUUGAACAUGCUGCUGGCAAGUUACAAGUCCAGUACCAUAAAGCUCAAAAUGAAAUUAAUGAUACGUUCCAAUUUUACCGCUCUAUGCUAGAAGAGCGCAAGCAAGAAUUACUCAAGGAACUAGAAAGCGUCUUUUCCACAAAACAAAUUGCUCUCACUGUAGUCGGGCAGAAAGCUCAAGAGACUGUUGAUAAAAUAUACCAGACGUGCGACUUUGUAGAGCGAUUGACUAAAUGCGCAAACAUUGCUGAAAUACUUAUGUUCAGGAAACUCUUAGAUACGAAAUUGCAGUCCUUGAUGAGUUCCAAUCCAGAGCAGAGCGUACAGACUGCUUGCGAGCUCGAAUUUGUCUCCAACUAUCAAGCUAUCCAAGUUGGAGUAAGAAACACUUUUGGAUACGUGCGAUCUAGCUCAGAAGCGAAUGUUGGCCCAACGAAACAACCACCCAUUGCUCGCCCUACAAAUGGCAACCUAUUGAACGGUGGUUCCUCUUCAAGCAGCAGCAGUGUUAAUGGCAGUUCAGGUAGCCUGAACGGUGGUAUCCACCUUCCUACUGGACUGAACGGUGUGCUUGACCGCCCAUACACAAACGGUCUCCUAGGACCUACAAGCCAAUCCACGUCACCAUUUGAGUCGAACAUCAUUUCUAAGCGAUUCAAUAGUGCUAACAGUCUGGGCCCAUUCUCUACCACCAUAGGAGAUAUUAACCUGAACGGAAUUAACCCAUACGAGAAAUGGUCCAACGGUGGUUGCGACUCACUAUUCCCACCUACGACGACCGAUCCGUACUCGCUUAGCACUGCGGCUCAUACGGAUCCCAUAUUGGACUUGACAAACAAGUUAAUCUCCACUGCUAUUUUUCCGCCAAAAUCUCAGAUCAAACGACAAAAAAUGAUUUACCACUGCAAAUUCGGCGAGUUUGGUGUGAUGGAAGGACAAUUCACGGAACCAAGCGGAGUAGCUGUUAACGCUCAAAACGAUAUUAUUGUAGCCGAUACCAACAAUCACCGAAUCCAAAUAUUCGAUAAAGAAGGACGGUUCAAGUUCCAGUUCGGAGAAUGCGGCAAACGUGACGGUCAACUUCUGUACCCGAAUAGAGUGGCUGUUGUGCGCACGUCAGGCGAUAUCAUCGUCACUGAAAGGUCACCUACACACCAAAUUCAAAUCUACAAUCAGUACGGCCAAUUCGUUCGUAAAUUUGGUGCUAACAUUCUCCAGCACCCCCGUGGUGUUACUGUUGAUAACAAGGGCCGUAUCGUCGUGGUUGAGUGCAAAGUGAUGCGCGUCAUAAUCUUUGACCAGAUCGGAAAUGUACUUCAGAAAUUCGGAUGCUCGAAACACCUUGAAUUCCCCAAUGGCGUUGUAGUCAACGACAAGCAAGAAAUUUUUAUUAGCGACAACCGCGCGCACUGCGUUAAGGUCUUCAACUACGAAGGUAUUUACUUGCGCCAGAUUGGAGGCGAAGGCGUCACCAACUACCCGAUCGGUGUCGGCAUCAACGCUGCCGGUGAGAUCCUGAUCGCUGAUAACCACAACAACUUUAACCUGACGAUAUUCACGCAAGACGGACAACUGGUGUCCGCACUAGAGAGCAAAGUAAAACACGCUCAAUGCUUUGAUGUGGCGCUAAUGGACGACGGAUCCGUGGUGCUCGCCAGCAAGGACUACCGGCUCUACAUCUACCGCUACGUGCAAGUGCCGCCAAUAGGCAUGUGAGUAGCACGCUCUGAUCACAGGAGAUCCGAAUGACCGAUGAGCUAUAAAACAAAAAUCGACACCCUGAGGCGUAAUUUUUACUAUUAAUCGACGUAAAGACUUAUCGGUCUGGCGAAGUGUGUCAAUUUUUGUAGUUCGAGUGACGAUAUUGUGAACGGAACUUGCUAAAAGUGUGCAAGCGGUGUAACCCUGUGGCUGUCUCGAUGUGAUCAUACCGGCUUAGAUGGGUGUUCUCUAUAUUAUUCGGCAUGAGAUCUCUUUAUGAAUUAUUUCUAAACGAAACUGUAAUGAGAUUAGUUAUAGUAUUGACAUUGUUAUUCGAGUACCUAUUGAUUGAUGGUUAGAGAUUAAAUUCCGUUGGAUCGAUCCGUAAAUUCACGCGAACGGUGUUCUCGAAUCCUUAUCAUUUUUUGAUCUAUUGAAUAAUAUUUUUUCAUAUCCCACAUCGUUAAAUUAGGGAUGAAUAUUAAGGGCAUUUGUAUUAUUUAGCCCAUUUGUUGGACCAAUAUUUUAACUAUUAUUACUUAACAAAUUGUUAGGCGUUAAGCGUGUGAUUUUAUCGUAAAUAAGAGAGCAUCGAGCGGUAUUGUUGUUAGUUUUAAGAUUAUUUCUACGGCACAAUAGCACUUCCUGUUUUUAAUUAGCACUUAUUCUGUGUCGAUGGAAACUAUGGAUUAUAAAAAUCUAAAGUAAGGAGUUGUUACAUUAUUAAUUAGGUAAGUGUUAAAUUGAUUGAGCUGAAAUGGACAAUCUUUGGUUACUACCCCACUUAACGUAGAUACUAAAUUUUAGGGAAAUAAUGAUGUUAGGGGUUUUAUCAAUGACAAAGUUGCCUGCGGAGUUUGGAUAAAGCAAACAAUGACUAUUAACUCUACUGAAUAUUAUACUAUUUCUUUUAUACGUAAUAGUAACAUCACAAAGUGGCGAUCAAGAAUGUUUUAUAGACCUCAAUUCGUUCCAAAUUAUGCACUCGUAACUAGUGAUACCCUCUGUUGAGAAUUUAUAAAGCAUUUUUAGAUUUACUAAAAGAUUGUAAGUUUUUCUCUCGUUCUAUAUCGGAGGGCAGUUGUGUUAUCGAUACCGCCUAGUCACUGGGAGCCCGCGGACCUUGUCUUCUGAUGUUGUUUUAGUAACAUUUGGUUGAUUAUAUUGUUCGUUUUUAUGCAUUGAUUGUAUGUUAUAAGCAUUGGACACGGUAGUAACUAUUAGAGCACUUAGAAAAUGGUCGUUUCGCUAGCAUCUUUUUUUAUGGUUUUUUGAGAUUUUUAGCAGAUUUGAAACGCGCAUGCGUUUCUACUUACUGGGAGUAUUAUAAACAGCUCGGUAUACAAAAUAAUUAUACAAUUUGUUAUUCGGGUAAGAUAUUUUUUAUAUGGAAGCAACUUUAUUUUUGUAGUGUUUAAUAUUACGGUGCAUGUGUAACGUAUACUUUUCUUUUGUAUUUUAUGAAUAUUGCGCUAUUAUUAUUAUUAUUUUUUUAUUACCGUGUGUUUGAGUGUGUUAGCAGAAUUAUUUUAGUUUGAUUUUUCAUUAGAACUUUUUUUGGUUUUCUUAGUAAAUAAUGGUUUUUUAGUAUUUUUUCUCGCUGAAUCUAUGACAAUAGAAUGAUCUGAUCCGGUCUGUCGGCCGGUAUCUUAUAGAUCUGCGUUAGUUUUAGGUUACGCGUUUCCAUUUUGGUGAUAUUUCUUAAAUAAAUUAAAAAUGUUUGAAGAUGCGUCGACAGCGGCGCGUGCGCACCGCGGCGACCUGUAUAUCGUGUGCCAUAAGAUCAUGUUGUGAUUUAAUAAGUGAUAUUUAGUAUUGUUUGUAAAUAUGUACCAUACUUUCAUAUAAAUCUAAUCGUAAGGGUAUCUGAUCGAAUUACUUAUGAUUUCAUCUUUAUACUUGUAGUGCAAGUUAUCGUAAUGUUAUACUGGAAAUUAUACAAGCCUUUAUUUAAUGUUUAAUUAAAUAUAAUAUUUAUUUACCACCGAUUAUCUAAUUAAAGUAAGUUUUUUGGCAAUAUAUACAAAAUAAUAUUAACAAAGUCUGCUCAACAAUAUAAUAUAAACUAACAAAUUGCCAAAUGUCAGUUUCAUAAUGAAAACAUGGCUGACAGAUCAACCGGCGGUAAUUUUCGUGUGUCGACUAGGAGUUCGAAUGAAUUACCGUACUUGCACUAAAAGUUGAACGUUUUGAGAACAACUGAUUUCUUCUCGCAUUGUUUUCUGUAUUUUGCCUACCGCCGUGCACACGCAUACGUUGUCUUGACGCAUCUUCGAUCGAAUAGUUAAUGAACACUGGAUUAGUUGAAAUGCAUCGCCAACGCCUCAGUGUCCAAAUUUCAGUGAUUAUUCACCAAUGAUUUUAUUUUAGACUGCCCUGUUCCUAUCCCUGGGGCGCUGCGGGAUGCUUCUCACUUAAUCCACUGACCUGAACAUUGAUUGUAAGUCGACAAUGACCUUCAAUCUGCUUCACCUCAGUUGAUUCUGACGAAUUUGUCGACCUACCCAUUUUAUUCACCAAUGAUUUUUAUUUAUAAUUCGCCUUAAUAAACUGAGGUUACGCUAGAAAUGGGUAAACCGUUAUUUUAAGCUUUAGUAUCGGGAUUUCUCCGUGAAAAUUACCGCAUUCAUUGAUCGCUUGUCAUGUUUUUGUUGUAAUUCUCAUCGGAGAAGUCCUUGUUUGGUAACAACAUACGCUUCUACUUAAUUGAGAUCAUUUUCAUCGUAUUAUAUUUAUAUUAAGUAUAGUAUAGUGUAUUAAAAUUUUAUUAAAUAAGAUUUGCAAAUUAUGACAACUUCACGUUUACUCCUGGUAACUGUGUAAACCGAUUUUAUUUUUUUAGUUUUUUUUUGUCGACCGUAGUUACUUUAAUGUUUAACCAGAAAAUGGUAAUUUAAGUUUCAGUUAUAAUUAUUAUUACAAACUUAAUUUCCGUUCAUAUCGUUUUGUGUUUUUGCAUAAUAAUGUUAGUAAAAAAUGAUUUUUCUGUACGAGAAACAUUUUCAUUCUUAAAAAUUGCAUUUCUAAAGCUCGAGGACUGAAUUUGAAACAUGUUUUGUCUUUAAAUAUAUUUUGUCGAUGUUUGU